UCACCAGGGAAGCAGGGAGAAAAUAUCAUGUGAUCUCACCCGGCUGAUCCGCAUGUUGGGGAGGGGAGGCCGGCCGGGUCUGUUUCUGCAGGCCCUCCCUGUCUCCUGCCAUGGCAUCCCCAGGGCUCCCCUAUGCUGACACGGCCCCCAUCCUCAGCCAACCUGAUGACACAGAGGAUGAAGAAGGUGCUCGAUCCCAGUGUGAGAGGGAAGAAGUGGGAGAUGUGCAGACCAUCACUGGUAUCUCUACUUCACAUGCCAAGGGCAUCGUUGCAGUUCUCUUCUUUGUUAACCUGCUGAACUAUAUGGACCGCUUCACCGUAGCAGGUGUUCUUCCUGACAUUGAGAAGUUUUUUAAUAUUGAUGACAGCCUAUCAGGACUCAUACAGACAGUUUUUAUUUGUAGCUACAUGUUACUAGCACCAAUUUUCGGUUACCUGGGGGAUCGCUAUAAUCGCAAGUACCUGAUGUGUAUUGGGAUCACUUUCUGGUCAGGUGUGACUCUAGGGAGCAGCUUCACCCCCAAAAAGCACUAUUGGUUGCUGCUGCUGACUCGAGGCCUGGUGGGUGUUGGGGAGGCCAGCUACUCCACCAUUGCCCCCACCAUUAUUGCUGACCUGUUCCUGGGCGACCAGCGAUCCCGCAUGCUCAGCUGCUUCUAUUUUGCCAUACCUGUCGGCAGUGGUCUGGGCUACAUUGUAGCAUCACAGGUGAAAACACUGACUGAUGACUGGCAUUGGGCUCUGCGGGUGACUCCUGGCUUAGGACUGUUAGCUGUGCUGCUGCUGGUGACUCUGGUGCGUGAGCCACCCAGGGGUGCUGUGGAGAUGCACUCCAGUGUCCCCUUGCAACAUACUUCCUGGAUAACUGACCUGUGGGCUCUCAGCAGGAACCGCAGCUUCGUGUUGUCGUCUCUGGGCUUCACAGCUGUGGCCUUCGUCACGGGUUCCCUCGCAUUGUGGGCGCCAGCGUUUCUGUACCGAUCUCGCCUAGCCAGUGGAAGCCUUCAGCCUUGCCCUUCAGCUGAGGAUGCUUGCAACACCUCAGAUAGCCUCAUCUUUGGUUUCAUCACUUGUGUGACUGGCGUGCUGGGCGUUGGCAGUGGGGUAGAGAUUUCACGGCGCUUGCAGCGGAAGAACCCCCGUGCUGAUCCCCUGGUGUGUGCGGCUGGUCUGAUCGGCUCAGCCCCCUUCCUCUUCCUGGCUCUGGUGUGUGCGCAGGGGAGCAUCGUCGCCACUUAUAUUUUCAUCUUUAUUGGUGAGACCCUCCUUUCCCUCAACUGGGCCAUUGUUGCUGACAUCCUUCUGUACGUCGUCAUCCCCACCCGUCGAUCCACUGCUGAAGCUUUCCAGAUCCUGCUUUCCCAUCUCCUGGGGGACGCUGGGAGCCCUGCGCUAGUUGGCUGGAUUAGCGACCAAAUCCAGCACGAUCACCCUCAGUCGUUCAUGUCAAAGUUCCGCAGCCUUGAAUAUGCUUUGAUGGUCUGUGCUUUCGUGGGAGUGAUCGGCGGUGGUUUCUUCUUGGCCACCGCUUGUUUCAUCCAAGCGGAUCGUAAACGUGCUGAGCUAUACGCACAAGGUCAGCUAAACGAGUCAUCGGAAGGCGAAGAUCGCAUUGUUGUUCCUCAGUGCGGCCGAUCAACAAAAGUCCCCGUCUCUAGUGUCCUCAUCUGAAGCCUGUUCCUACCCUUGCUUAUCAAGUCUGGGGAAGGAGUAUGGACUUGUGGGCUCUGUAUGCAGAUGACCCAGGGAGAUUGGGGGGGGGCUCUCUAAAUGGAUCCAGGCUGGUGUGGACAGCUGCUUUUUGGUGUUACAUGGGAUUUUUAUAAAGCACAAACUUUAUCCAGA